GCAGCGCCAUGGUGCUCAGGGUCUGUUUCUGUUCUGUCAAAACUGUAGAGUAAAACAAGCAGAAUUUGUUUUCGUGCCUUACAAUGCCUUCAAUUAAAGACUUAACUCUGACUUACCACGCGCUGAAUGAAGAGGGGACUUUUUCGGAAGGGGACACGAUCACAGGAAAUGUCACGCUUGUGUUGGAGAAACAAAUCAAGAUCGAAAGCUUUUUCGUCAAAGCUAAAGGAGACGCCAAAGUGCACUGGAGCGAGAGGCGUGGCGACCGCAACUACAGCUACUCUGCAAACUCCAGAUAUUUCAAACUCAAGCAGUUUUUGAUCCCAGAGGCGUCAAGUGAAACUUCAGUUCCGGAAGGGGUUCAUGUCUAUAACUUCAGUUUGCAAAUCCCACAGGGACGAAUGCCGUCAUCCUUCAGGGGACAUUACGGGAAGAUUGUCUACAUGCUUGAAGUCAAGAUGAUCAGAAGUUGGAAAUUGGACCGUACGGUAGAGAAGGAGUUUAAUUUCAUCUCCAGAAUGACAGAGAACCUUCAUCAUCUUCAGUCACGUCAGGUUGGAUCAAAGGAAAAAGAACUGGGGAUCUUCUCAAGUGGACGUGUGACCAUGGACGCUAUUGUUGACAAGAUGUUGUAUGCUCCAGGGGAAUCAGUGACUGUUUUUUUAAGAAUAAACAAUUCCUCAUCCAAAGACAUGACACCGAAAUUUAGUAUACUCAAGAAUGUGGAGUACCGUGCCAGAGGCUCAAGAAAAUGUGAAAGCCAAGUUAUCUGCAAAGUGGCUGGUGUAAGUAUCAGCCCUGACACCAACAAAGAUGUCAAGUGUGCCUUAAAGAUCCCUGCUGAUCAAACUCCGAGCAUCCAGUAUUGUGACAUCAUCUCAGUGGAGUACUAUUUAAAGGUGUAUUUGGACAUCAGCUUUUCCUUUGAUCCAGAGCUGAAAUUUCCGUUGAUCAUUUCGCGUGCUGGUUGGUUCGCUCCACAUCAGCAUGGCAACACUGUGGGUCCCUACCAGGGUGGAGGUAUGGUGGGUCCAAGCAAUAAUGACUUCCCUCUCCCUGCUGCGGGAUUUUAUGAUUCAGGGGCUUAUGGAUACUCAGGAAACCAAGCGUAUUCAACACAACCACCUACAUACCAAAGUGCCCCAGCAUUUCCUCCUGGUCCAGCUGGCAUGUACCCGCCUCAGCCUGCACAAAUGGGAGGAUUUUACAGUACUCCGGUGCCACAGCAACCCUCUCCAUUUUCGUCUCCAUCAUCAUCAACAAUGUUCCACCCGCCACCUCCUGCUGGUGCAUUUUACCCAUCUCCAACUGCUCCUCCAACAUUAAACCCAUUCCCAGAUGCUUCCACAGCCAACCUUCUGCCUUCUGCUCCAGCAUCUGAUCGCUCCCCAUCUGCACAUCCAGUGUUUAACCUGUCACCAGGUGCUCCAACAUAUAGCCUGUCUCCUUCCGCACCAGUGAUGAACACAGACUUUUUGUCCCAAUCGGAGGAACCCCCUCCAUCCUAUUCCUCUCUUUACCCACCAUCUACCACUGAAACAUCUGACAGGAAGUAAGAGGAUCAAUGUUACUUGACAAAUCACAUGCAGCAUACUUACCAACCAAACCAACAUCCAAACCAACAGUUAGAGGAAGGGCUUGGUGAUAAUAUCAUAUCUUCAUAAAUAUUAGUGAGAAAAUUGAUAGAAUGUGCAGUGGUUUCACUGAAAUGCAUUCAAUGGCACUGCCAGAAAAUUACAUCUCAAACACAGUUUCACCUUCUCCCUGGCUCAUAAACAGCAUCAUUUUCCCUUGAUAAUGUAAUAUCAAGGGAAUAUCGAUUUUCUGUUUUACGGACAAUAAAGUUUUAUCUUAUCUUAUAUACUACGAGUGACACACACACAAACUGACCAAAACUGGGGUUUUUUUUCCCCAAAAUGAGACAUCCUGCAUUUUUUAUGAAUUACAUCCUGACGUGCAGCAGCCAGCUGAAGAGCUCAGAUCAGAGUGAGUUACAUUUGUGCCAUUAAUAUCUGAAAGGAAAUUCUUUUGACAAAAACUACAGAUUGUCUUUAUUUCUUUUGAUGUCCAGAGAUCAGAAUCCGUCAUGUACAUCAAGGAUUCAGUGGCCAUAUACAGAUUUUAUUGAUUUUUAUUUAAGUCAAGAGAUUAAGAAUUCAGUGACCAAUUUCAUAUUUAUUUACUUUCAGAAUCAAUAA